AAGCUUCUCGAUUCAUUCACACGCAGCCGCGGGAUGGCCGCGUGAACGCGUCCCCUCGCGCUCUUAUCCCCACCGUCUUCUCCUCGCCGUCUACCCCUGAGUUCCCGUGAACCGAGCCCCAAGUUCCAAGCUUUGCAUCACCACUGCCGUCAAUCCAUGGAGCCUCAGUGGAGGGAUCGGAGGCCGGAGGCACUGGGAGACCUUUGUGUCCUCCCUGACGAGAUCCUCUGCUCCAUCACCGACCUCCUUUCGCCCUCUGACCUCGGUCGCCUCUCUUGCGUUAGCAGUGUUAUGUAUGCACUUUGCAAUGAAGAACCAUUGUGGAUGAAUCUCAGCCUCAAAGCUGGAGGUGUUAUCAAAUACAAGGGUUCUUGGAAGAAGACAGUAUUAUACCAGAAAAAUCUCUGCACUGAGUUUGAAGAUUUUUGCAGUAAACCUUUGCAGUUUGAUGGAUUCUACUCAUUGUUCCUGCACAGAAGAUGGUAUAGGCGCUUCACCACACUGGAUGCAUUCGAAUUGGAUAGUGGAGUUAUAGAAAGAAAGAAGGAUCUUACACUGGAGGAGUUUCACACUAACUAUGAUAUGAAGAAACCGGUGUUGCUUACUGAGUUAGCCAAUACAUGGCCAGCAAGAAAUAAAUGGACAAUUGACCAACUGUUGAGCAAUUAUGGAGAUGUUGCGUUCAGGAUAUCUCAAAGGAGUUCUAAAAAAAUUAAAAUGACAUUUGAGGACUAUGUGUCAUAUAUGAAAGUUCAGCAUGAUGAAGAUCCACUCUAUAUUUUUGAUGACAAGUUUGGAGAAGCUGCGCCUACUCUACUUGAAGAGUAUAGUGUGCCUCAUUUGUUUCGGGAAGACCUUUUUGAUGUGUUGGAUUAUGAUCAACGGCCUUCUUUUAGGUGGCUAAUUAUUGGACCAGAGCGGUCAGGUGCCUCUUGGCAUGUAGAUCCAGGCCUCACCAGCGCCUGGAAUACCCUUCUGUGUGGAAGAAAAAGGUGGGCAUUGUACCCUCCUGGUAGAGUACCUGCAGGUGUCAUUGUUCAUGUAAAUGAUGAAGAUGGUGAUGUGAACAUUGAGACGCCAACAUCUUUGCAGUGGUGGCUUGAUGUUUAUCCUCUUCUUGCUGACCAUGAUAAGCCCAUAGAGUGUACCCAACUUCCAGGAGAGACUAUUUUUGUUCCAAGUGGUUGGUGGCAUUGUGUGCUUAAUUUAGAAACAACUGUUGCUGUCACACAAAACUUUGUGAAUACAUCAAAUUUUGAAUUUGUGUGUCUGGAUAUGGCUCCUGGCCAUACUCAAAAAGGAGUCUGUCGUGCUGGAUUGCUGGCUGUCCAAGAUAAAGGUUUUGGAGAUGUUGACAAAGAUGCAUUAUUUGAAUCAAAUCAGUUGAAUUACCCUGACCUCACUCGGAUAGAAAAGAGGCUUAAAUGUUCAACAGUUGAUAGAGAGGCAUCAAGACCUGACAACUCAAAUGGGAUGAAAGCAUUCUCUGAUGUCAGCAACAUAAUGCGGAAUCAGAAAUUUUCUUAUGACAUAGAAUUCUUAUCUAUGUUUUUGGAUGAAGAUAGAAAUCAGUAUUGUUCCCCUUGGAGUCCAAGCAACUGCAUAGGUCAGAGAGAAAUGAGACAGUGGCUACAUAAGCUUUGGGUUCUAAGACCUGAGAUGAGACAAUUAAUAUGGAAGGGUGCUUGCCUAGCUCUAAAUGCGGACAAAUGGUUAACUUGCGUCUCCCAAAUUUGUUCUUCACACAAGUUGCCAUUUCCUUCAGUUGAUGAGAAACUUCCUGUGGGCACAGGCAGCAAUCCUGUGUUUCUCAUUUCUGACUUUGUGAUAAAAAUUUAUGUAGAGGGGGGUUUGGGAAAUUCCAUGCAUGGCCUAGGAACAGAGCUUGAGUUCUAUGAUCUUCUCCAAAAAACAGAGUCACCUCUGAUAGCCCAUGUUCCUGAUGUUAUAGCAAGUGGAAUUAUUGUCUAUGAGAAUGGUAGUUACAGAGUGUUUCCAUGGAGUGGCAAAGAAAUUCCUGAUGUAAUUGCUAACUGCAACCUUGUUGAAGGAGAUGGCACAGAAGAUGGCUUUUUCUUUGGUGUAUGGAACAAGAAGCGGUUUGAACUUAAAAAUCAAGGAGAUAUACCUUCCUUCCCAAGUAUAUGGCCAUUCUUGAUCACUAGAAGAUGCACGGGGAAUAUCUUUGCUAAUUUAAGAGACAUUUUGACUAGGGAUGAUGUUUUGCAAUUGGCCUCAUUUUUAGGGGAGAAGUUACAAACGCUUCACAACUUGCCUCUACCAUAUUACUCCCAGCAUGACCACUGUUUGGAGGACAAAAGUGUGACUUUGAGAAAAAAUGACCUCAAGAAGACUUGUUUAGAAGUAAAUGGUAAUCAUUCUGCUAUUCCACCUGAAUGGGAACUUGUUCUUGCUAGCCUUGAAAAGAAAAAGGAGGGCAUUUCAAAACGUCUAAUGCAAUGGGGAGGCCCUAUCCCAAUCUCAUUAAUGGAAAAAGUAGAAGAGUACAUCCCACAUGAUCUUGCCCCAUUGCUGGGCAUAUUCAAGGACAAUGAGGGAUCAUACAAGCUUAGCAGAUACCCUACUUGGAUACAUUCUGACAUCAUGGAUGAUAAUGUAUAUAUGGAACCGUCAUCUUCCGCUCACAGUUUUGACAAGACUACGUCCCAUGCAAGUUUAACACCCAGUAAUGUGUUGGAGUUUUGUAAUGGGAACGAAGAGCCAAAGAGAUGGCAUCCUACAUAUAUUCUUGAUUAUAGUGACUUGUCUAUAGGUGAUCCUCUAUAUGACUUGAUUCCGAUCUAUGUGGACAUUUUUAGAGGAGAUAGAUUCUUGCUUAAACAAUUUCUCAAAAGCUACAAACUUUCAUUCACGAUAACAGCCGCAGACGGUUUACUUUCUGGUAAUGCUGCUGAGGAUUGGAAAAAGUUUGCAAGGAUGUCGUAUCGUGCCAUGUGCUUUUGUAUAUUACAUGAUGAGAAUGUGCUAGGGUCAAUAUUCAGUUUAUGGGAAGAAUUGAAGGCGGCCAAAUCUUGGGAAGAAGUAGAAGAAGCUGUGUGGGGAGAGUUGAAUAAUUACUAGUCUUGUUUCUCAAACUACUAAGAUUUCCACAUGGUUAACUUGCUCGGCAUUUUUACUGGGUUAUUUUUUUUAACUGCUCUUGCUUUUGAUUAUGUCAGAGACUUGGAGAUCUCACUUAACAAUUCUUUGUCUGACCCCAAUUAUUGAAGACGUGAUUCAUAGUGCAGGAAAAUGGUCCAGUGAUACAGAUUCUAGCAAUAAAUUUCGUUUAAGUUGUGAUACAGGAUUUCAAGAAAACAUUUCUUAUUAUUUUGUAAAUGUAACGUGAAUUUUGUCUUAGCUGCCCUUCAUCGUUCUUUAGAAACAAUUUCUUUGUUUAAUAACAAAUUAGCAUUAUUAUUA